CCCCAAGUUAAUGCAGAAUCUGGGACUACACUCACUCAUAUCAGCACUUCGCAGAGUGUCAAAUGUACGUACGUACCAUGUUAAGUGCCGAUGAAUGCACCUUUACCUGACAGACUGAAUUUACACAUCAUGGAGGGUUGAACAGUAGGUAAGUAUCUUGCGGGGAUACUCGACUGCGUGGUAAAAUGAUAAAAUAAAGCAUGCAUCAAAUGAAGGCAGGUAGUAUUGGAGUGGAGGCAUAUCUCUGUUGCUCUCAAGGGUUCGUACAUAUCCACCUUACUUGUGUCAGUCCUCAGUGGACGCAGAACUAUCGCUUCUAGUCACCAAGGACGCUUAGAGUACUCGUUUCUCGUCAGCUAGUCCACUUUCUACUGCAUUGAAAACCGUAUUUUAGAGUAAAGAACCAGUAAUUCAUCUAUGUGCGUUCAGUGAACCCGAAUCUCUUGACCGGAUCACUUGACAAGAGUCUUCCAUUGUUGCGGUUAAAAAUUAGUCGGUGACAUGGCGCCUGUUAAAGAGUUCGAGUUUUCAAGCCUGAAAGAGGCUCUUGACAAGAAGGAGGUGACCCUUGUGGACGUCAGAAACCAUUCAGAGCUUAAGGAAUCGGGAAAAAUCCCAGGAAGCUUCUGCAUUCCACUGCCCGAGCUUGAACAUGCCUUUUCGAUGGAUGAAGGGACCUUUGAGAGCACAUACGGAUUCUCGAAGCCCAAUCGAGAAGUGCCAAGUACCCUGGUGAUCACUUGUCGAAGUGGACGACGAGUGCAAAUCGCCUUGGACCAACUCGAAAAAUUGGGUUAUGGCCAAGUCGGAACCAACAUGGCUGACUACACCUACCAAGAUCUCCACGAAGCCGUUGUAUCCGGAGAUGCCGUGGUCAUUGAUAUCCGGAACAAAAAGGAGUUGGAAGAAACCGGUCAGAUUCCCAACAGUCAUUGUAUUCCCAUUUCUUGCCUCGAAAAAGCGUUCAAGAUGGAUCAAGACACGUUCCUUCAAGAAUACGGAUUCGAUAAACCCGCGAAAGAAACGAGCAGAAAGCUAGUGGUGAGCGACUUUAAAGGCCAAAGAGUGCCUGAGGCUGUGGAUCUUUUAAAGAAAUCUGGUUACGAAGACGUUCGGCCUUACAAGGGAGGAUUCGAAGACUGGAAACAACAUAAUGGUCCCAUUGAACAAUACCGAUAAUUAUGUGAUGGAAAGAUAAAUCUAAACCGUGAACAUGUCAUUUUAGUAUUCUGGUGGAUUGGUGCGCAUUUUGCUCAGUAGUGUGUUAAUAAAGUACCAAUGCUAUUCA